AUGUCAAAAAAGGGAAACAAGAAAUCUGUAAAGAUGGACUUAGGUUCAUUUUUAACAGAUGAAAGUUUCGGUGGUACUUCUUGGGCAGAUGAAGAAGUUGAUAUGAGUUCUAUUGGAGUAUCAAUAGAUAAACCAUCAAGUAAUGCAUCAACUUCAUAUACUACUAAUACUUCAAUGGAUUCAAACAAUGAAGGUGGAUAUGAAAGAAGAGAACGUAAAGAAUUUCCAAUCCCGGAUAAUCCACCUUUUAAAGCAAGAAUAUCAAAUUUACCAUGGGAAUUUGGAGAAACUGAUUUAAUUCGAUUUUUUGAAGAUCGUAUGCAAAAUAAAGAAAUUAUUCAAGAUAUAAAAUUACCAAUUGAUAGAGAAACUAAUAGAUUAAGAGGAUAUGGUUUUAUUACUUUUAAAUCAAAAGAAUUAUUAGAAGAAUCAUUAAAUUUAACAUUAUCUGAAUUUCAAGGUAGAAAAAUUUUUGUAAAUGUUGCACCACCAAGAGAUGAAGAUUCAAAUUUUGGAAGAUCAUCAGGUAAUAGAGUAGAAUUGGAUUGGGGUGCAGCAAGAUCAUCAACUAGUCAAUUACCACCAAGAGAUGAUAAAUUUUCAAGAGAUAGAUCAGAAAGAGGUGAGAGACCAGAAAGAAGAAGAAAAGAAGAACCAAGUUUAGAUUGGGAAUCAGCAAGAUCAACUACAAGUAGUUUACCACCAAGAGAAGAUAAAUAUCCACCAAGAGAAGAUAGAGGAGAUAGACCACCAAGAAGAAGAAAAGAAGAAUCAAAUUUAGAUUGGGGAGCAGCAAGAUCAACCACCAGUCAAUUACCACCAAGAGAAGAUAAAUAUUCACCAAGAGAAGAUAGAGGAGAUAAAUUCCAAAGAAGAAAUAGAAAUGAAACAUCAUCACCAACAUCAGCCUCAAAAGAACAAGAUUUUGAUUGGAAUAGAGGUCAAUCAUUACCACAAAAACAAAGAUCAAUUUCUGCAUCAUCAAAACCAAAAGAAGAUAAUUUAGAUUGGUCAUCAGCAAGAUCAACCACUACAACAUUACCACCAAGAGAAAGAUCAAAUAGAAGAAAUAAUAAUAGUCAAAAUAAACCAGAAUCUUUAACAUCAUCUACAUCAUCAUCAAAAGAAGAUUUUGAUUGGAGUAGAGGACAAUCAUUACCACAAAGAACUCCAAGAUCAAAACCACAACAACCAAAAGAAUCUAAAAAGGAAGAAGAUUCAAAACAAAGAGGUCCACAAGCUUCUCAAUUUAGUGUAUUAUCUAUAGACGAUGAUGAAGAAGAAGAAGAAGAAGAAGAAGAUGCAGAAGAGGAACAAAAAGAAUAG